CACGCAGGCACGACACUACUCAACCUCCCCACCUCACUCACAAGCAGUCAGCUGCUUAUCAACAGUCCUUUCUGCCACAUCAGUCAGUCAGUCAACUCGGCCUCUCCUUUUCUUCCGCAGCUGAUAGAUAUGCACAAAGCCGCUCCCCCCUCUCCUGACAUACACCCGCUUGACGCCGAACCUCUCGCCAGCCACGCUCAGAAACGCCGCGUACGUCACAUCACAGCGUAUCUCAAACGCCACGAGGAUCUCUGUCGCUGCGUCUGACAGCGCGUCGAGGCUGUCAAUCAGCGGCCGCACCAAGUCGAGGCGGAAGACCACAUCGGCCCCAAGGAUGAGGUCAAACGGCGCCACUGAGGACAGCUCUGGCCGCGGUGGCAAAUCUCUCCAGUCGAAGGCAAAUAUGCUCACUUGUGUGUCAGGGUGCAGAGUGUCCCGGUUCAGUGAGACGUUCUGGGUGAGCAAGGGAACAAUACCUGACCACGUCGCGUCGCAAGCAGAGAAAAUGAUCCAUCAUGCGCAGAGGACACGGAUCUCUGUAUCAGGCACCUGGCAGAUCAGUCAGGACGAGUGCCGCCGGUGGCUGGCCCACCGUCGCAGACGCAAUCCCAGCGAGGCCGCACCCCGCGCCCAGCUCCAGCACUCUCCCGCGCUUCCUUAGAGCCCGCAACGUCGUCCUCUGCUGCUCCAGAUACCUGGCCAGAUCUCGUGCCGAAUCCCACACAUGGACGCCCGUCCCGAGAUUUUCGGCUUCAUCAGGCCUUGGACACAGCGUCAGACGGUGCCCAGCCACCUCAAAUCCCUCCUCCAUUGUAGAUGCG